GGGUGGCUGGAGACAGAGAAAGGAUCAAGUUACAGGUCUAGCAGCAGCCACAAAGAGAGGAACAUCAUGGUCCAGGCUACUCUAUACAGCUUCCUCAAAUAUAUGCUGCUUGCAACAUGUAGCUGGAAAGCAAUUGCUGCUUUCCCCAACGCAUCACCUUUGCUCAGCCUCAACUGGGGAAAUUCAGACAGCCUGCUACACUUGUACACUUCCACAGCAAGAAACAGCUUCCACCUGCAAAUCCACUCCAAUGGCUACGUGGAUGGAAGUCCGUAUCAAACCAUUUACAGUGCCUUGAUGAUCAAAUCUGAAGUUGCUGGUUAUGUUAUAAUAAAUGGUGUGAAAAGUGGACGUUUUCUUUGUAUGGAUAUGAAUGGGAACAUCUUUGGAUCGCAUUUCUUCAGUUAUGAGGACUGCACUUUCAAACACUGGGUCCUGGAAAAUGGUUAUGAUGUUUAUCAGUCUCCCAAAUACAACUACCUUGUCAGCUUAGGAAAAGCAAAGCAACCAUUGUUCCCCAAUAUGAAUCCACCACCUUACUCCCAGUUCUUGUCCAGGAGAAAUGAAAUUCCUUUAGUCCAGUUCAACACACCGAAACCUCACAGACAUACCAGAAGUGCCAACGCGGAUCCCUGCGGCAGCAUCAUAUCAUCAGGAAAUAUUGCGAAAGAAAACCUACAGUUACAGCCACUAAUGUAUAACACUAAAAUGAAUUCAAACAGUGAAGAUGAAGACCCAAACAGUGCAACAAUCAAUAGAAGAUUUUUGAGUCCUAGAACAGAUGUCAGGAGCUGAACUGAAAUUAUAUUUUUAUUCAGUAGUAACCAGAGAAAACUUGAACCGUUCCUUGAAACACUUGUUAGUCUAC